AUGAAAGGCGCGAGCGUCUAUUACAUGCGGAACGUGCUGCAUGACCACCCGGACGACAAGUGUGUGCAGCUGCUGCGGCUCCAGAUUCUCCGUGAGACUGGCGCUGGGCCUCGGGUGGUUGAGAUCGAUAUCGCCAUGAUGGCGUGCUUGGCGGCCAGGGAGCGAACUAAAGACGAGUGGGGUAACCUCGUUCGCGCCGCAAGGCUGCCCUUGGUGGAAACGUUUACCUACGCGACCGACUUAGGCUAG